GGAGGAAGAGGGAGAGAAGAGGAGGGUCUCUGGUUUUGUUGAGCUGGUUCCAUGGGUGGAGAUUCAGGACUCAGGAACCUGUCUUACAUUAAGAUCUUCAACGUGGGCAGCAGGUAUCUGGUGAACCGGGUCCAGGACCACAUUCAGAGCAGGAUAGUGUACUACCUCAUGAACAUCCACGUCACCCCGCGCUCCAUCUACCUGUGUCGCCACGGAGAGAGCGAACUCAACCUCGUGGGUCGAAUCGGGGGAGACUCGGGGCUGUCGUCCCGCGGGGCAAAGUUCGCCAGCGCUCUGGGUGUGUACAUGCGAGGGCAGUGCAUCACAGACCUGAAGGUGUGGACCAGCCACAUGAAGAGGACCAUCCAGACCGCCGAGGCUCUGGGAGUCCAGUACGAGCAGUGGAAGGCUCUCAACGAGAUCGACGCUGGCGUCUGUGAGGACAUGACGUACGAGGAGAUUCAGCAGAAUUACCCAGGAGAGUUUGCACUGAGGGACCAAGACAAGUAUCGCUACCGCUACCCUAAAGGAGAGUCGUACGAGGACCUGGUCCAGCGUCUGGAGCCCGUCAUCAUGGAGCUGGAGAGGCAGGAGAACGUGUUGGUCAUCUGUCACCAGGCUGUCAUGAGAUGUCUGCUGGCCUACUUCCUCAACAAGAGUGCUGACGAGCUGCCGUACCUGAAGUGUCCUCUGCACACGGUCCUGAAACUGACCCCCGUCGCCUACGGAUGUAAAGUGGAGUCCGUCUUCCUCAACGUUGAAGCUGUGAACACACACAGGGACAAACCAGAGUGUGUGUUUCUCAGAACGUGGACGUGGACAGAGACCCGGAGGAGGCGUUAGAGACGGUCCCGGAGCACAUCUAAAGGAACCGGCCGCCUCAUCGAUGGAUCCACAUAAUCAUGGUUAACGAGACAUCUCUCCUGUUUCCUGUAAACGCACUUUAUAGCCAGACGGGAGUGACGUGAAGACGUCACAUGACCAGAAUCACUGUUAGUCUUCAACAUCGUCACUUCUGUCUCUUUCUUCUCUUCUUCGUCACCUUCCUGUUUUCUCUUCCUCCUCCCGACCUGAACUGACACAUUAACCAACAUAAACAGCAGAAACUGUGUGUAUAUUUAUAUUUAUAUAUACAUAUGUAUAUAAAUAUAAAAUAGUUCUUUCUGAACAGAUGGAGACUUUGUUUGUACAGUAAACAUGAAGCUACGUUGGCAGUUAGCUUAGCUUAGCAUAAAGAGCUAGAAGCUCUAAAGCUCACUGACUUUCAUGGAUCUCGUUUGUUUCAUCAGAGUGAAACACACAAAGCGUAGAAACAACCACUAAGACUGCAGGAAGUCCUGAACCCGGCAAACUAACGGUGAGACACCCUAAAAACUUGGUAUUCCACGCGGGGGCGGGGCCUUACGACCUGUGUUCUCGCUCGUCUUCUCACUUUUUGGAUAAGCUGGUAAAACCGUAACUUAAAAGGUUGUUAAUUAACAGCAAGAUUAAACAAACAGGAGAUCUUCAUUUGGGGGGGGGGGGGGGUGUGUAUCUGAUAUCAAUAUUGUAUCUGUCAUCAGUAGAAACCCAAACAUACAGACCAAAUAUACAAAUUAUAGGAGAACAUGAACAGUAUAUCCUUUAUUCAUGCAUCAUAUAAACUGAUCUCAUACUGUAUGUUUGUAUUCGGUCUAGAGUUAGAAAUAAAACCAGCCCAGACUUUGCCUCAGUCCAACUUCUCAUUUUCAUUAAACCAAAAUAAUUCAGGGUUUUUGUUCUGCAUUCUUAAAAAGGUGCACGCAGGUCAUCAUAUAAAGUAGCCUACAAUAAAACUAAGUGCAAUUUAUUUCCUGCUGCUCUUGCCGGGGUUCUUCUCAGGUGGAUGCACCUAAAGCUUUUAAACUCCUCAUCAAACUACAGUUUAGUUGGUGCCAUCAGCAGCUGCAUGCUGCAACUCCUCAGGUCUCAUAAUUUAUAUAUAUAUAAAUAUAUUAGUGUCAGUCAGAACAACUGAGGGUCGUAUCAUACAUCAGAUGUUCAGCCCAUACAGGCUACAAGGCAACACAAGGAUUAUUUCCAUAUACAAAUUAUAUUUAAAUAAUAUGAUGUAUAUGUUCAUAUAUGUAGUGUUCAGUGUAGUCUGUCUGAUAUUACAGACACAAACUGUUUUGCAGAUGGUCUUUCCAACGUAUUCAGAACAACACUGGGAAAGACCUGAAAACUGCUGGUGUACCCAGUUGCCCCCUCUCUGAGCCAAUCAGCUUCAAGUAUCACUACAUGGGCUCAAGUUAGUUCUCAAUGCAAAGAAAACCACAUUCAUGACUUUUCUAGGACUCGUUUCCAAUCCCCAGUUAUCUCUACGUCUAAACGGAGACUCAAUCGGAGAAAAGUGUCAUCGUAUAAAUAUUUAAGUAUUUGCUUGGAUGACAAACUUUCUUUCAAAGUACACAUUAUAUGAAAUAAGGCUUUAACAUGUUAGCCAGGAAAACACUUGUGCAGGUCACCGUUGUAAGUGUUUUGGAUGUUAGUACUCUACGAUUUAUAACCAGCUGUUUCUGUACUCAUCAUUGUACACGUUGUGAAUUGGUAGACUGGUUGUCAGUCUGCGUAGACGACCUCAUUUGUAUAUUUUGUGUACGAGGCCAUGCUGGGUAAACGCCCCUCAUAGAGAUGUAACCUCUGACCUCCAGCAGUCCUCAGCUUCAUCACCAGGUUCAAAGUUUUCACUGAGCUGGAAACAAAAGCCUUCUCCUACUGCAGGAAUAAUCUGCAGAGCAUUUUACAUCUUAAUAUCAUCCAUUUGGAAAAAUUUAAAGCCAUGUUAAAGGUCCAUGUAACUGAGAAAUGCACCUGCUGUAUCUGAGCUGAAUUUAGUUUCUUCUUUGUACGAUGGAUGACUCGGCCAGGACUCCCUCAGAAAAGAGAUUUCAGUCUCAAAAGACUUCCUGGUUAAACAAAGGUUAACUAAAAACAAAAAUCAAAAGUAGUAACCUACAUUAUUUGUACAAAACUAACAUAACUCACUCCGUCGUGGAAAACUCAUGAACAUGCACUCAAAGAUGGUCAUGGAGCUCGCCAAAGCGGUCACUGCUGCGUCCUGCAAAACCACACCCGCCCGGGUGAGAUACCAAGUUUUUAGGGAGUCCCUCUCAACAAACGGGAGAGUCUCGAUGGUCCAUGAGGGUCAUGUGACUGACGGGGGUAGCAGAGCUAGCAGUACAGCUACUCAGCUAGCAUGUGUAACGGCAGCUGCUACUACGAUGUUACUAAUGAGAGUUGAUAUUUGAAGAUGAAGUCUUCCACUACACGCUGGCAAGACAACAGAGACCUUGUCUGCUUCAGGCAGGUGACUCUCACCUGGCAGGUCUUACUGGUCCCUCCAGCCUCCUGUCAGGAAACAGUCCCACCCAAACUCCUCAGGUUUAGUUAGCUUUGGACUGACCAGGUUAGCAGUUUCCAGCCUUCAUGCUUCGCUAACCGUCUGCUGACUGUGGCUCAUAUUCAGCGUACAGACAUGAGGGAUCAUCUCAGACUCUGCAAGAAAACAAAUGAAAGCUGAACUGUUGGUUUGAGUCACAUGGUGUCAUGUGGUGUCAUGUGGUCUUCCUUCAGAGGAGCAUCACAAGGAUCCAAACAUCGUCUGUGUUUGGGUGGACGUGGUUUUGGUGUCGACUUUGGUAACAAAGUUGACGAAAACUAACUAGACAGGAAAUUUGGCUCUUUAGCUGCCGACACCACGAUGUGCCUCAUUUAUAAAAUACACAUAAUGACUCUAUGCAGCCUGCACACACACGUGUCCUGUAGUAUGUUUUAACCUCACAAACCCUCAAACCGGGACCCUUCAGCGUACCGAACGUUAAUACACGUGCACAUGUAUGCACUUAUGCAUGUGCACUUACGCAUGCACCAUGGGUGUUCAUCAGGAUGGGGGACGGUUGUUUCAGCACUUAUUACACCUACGGAGCGCACCUUUCAGCACCACGGACAGCACCUCGGCAGACCAAAAUGCACCGCGGUCUUCGUCAGCGUGAAAGUUGCUAAACGGCCGACCGUCACAUGUUCUCUGCCAGCUUUGUUUCUGUUUUUUGUUUUUUUAAACAAAACAAGGUGCAAAUCUCUUCGUAGGCUACAAAUUGUCACAUCUUGCCUGGACUUUGCCUGUUGUCCGUCCUUCUGGUCGUAUGGUUUUGCUUAUGAACUGGGUUUUAGAGGAUUGCAUCAUUAGUUAGUUUGUUGGGUUGUGUUCUUGGUUAGUUUUGGAUGGGUUAGUGAAGGUGGCGUUGAGUUUGUUUUCUGGGUUUUGGUUUUCUGUUGCUCUGUUUCCCUCGUGUGUUCAUGUCCUCCUCCACACCUGCCCAGUGUUAGCCUCGUCAGCCAAUCAGCUCUUCUCCUGAGUUCUCCACCCUCCUCCCCACCUGCACCUCAUCUCCUCGUUAGUUCAGUUACUAUUUAAGUCCGGGUUUUCUGUUCAGUCCUGUUCUUUCCCGACCACCACAAGAUUAAAGGUUUUCAUCUCUGCAUUUGCAUCCAUUCCUGCUACUCAUCCUGACACAAAUAACUUCAGAGGCUAUAACUUAAACUUACAUCUUCACAGCGUUAUGCUGUGAGCUGGUUGCGAGUUUACAAAAAUUAAAACAUCAACACAUUAAAUCACAAAUGCUCUUUAAUAACAAAAAUAGAGAAAGUUACCUUUAAGAGGACUGCCGGGUGCUUUACGCUUUGCAGCUUAUUUUUGGCCAUCUUAAUAUGAUCCUUUAUAUCAGCGUUUCCACCGUGUGUGACUGAAAAUACACUCUUGCCGUGUGUGCAGAACGCAGCGUUUUCGUUGCCGGGUACUUUAUGAAGGAGGGAGUAAACCUCCCGGAGAUCUUUAGAAACGACUCGCUGUUAGAAUCAUAGCUAACCGUUAGCAUACUGACAGCAUCAAGGCAAACAACAACCUCGACAACGACGCAUUGAUCGAGGCCCUGAUCACACCUGGAAUUAACGCGUCUCCACGUGUCUUGUGAUCAGAUCUGACUUUCUGCUCUACAUGCAGAUAAACACGUACAUGCAAAGAUUAGCUGAACAAAUAUACAGAAUAUAACAGAUGUAGAGUCAUGUGCAGCGAUCUCUGCAUUGACUGACGCAUCUACACACGAGGCACAGCGACAGGAUCCGUUAAUGUGUCUUAUCGAUCGGAUCUCAACGCUGAUCUCCGCUUAUGAUCGAUCACCCAAGAUGCAUGUUAAUGCCAGGUGUGAACAGGGCCUGAUUGACAGAAACACAGACCAAUCAGUGAUGGAUUUGUGACUUUUGAGUGUUUUACAGAUAUCUGUCGAGACUCGGGACACUCAACUUGAAACUGGGACAAUCCUGGACAAACUGGGACAUCUGGUCCCUGUAGUUUUAACUGACAGGGGUCAUUUUAAUAAGAAACUGUUUUAAAAACAGCACAUGGCAGCGUUAAUAAAUGCAUAAUUUCCUGUCAGAAAACUAACAUUUAAAAUAUCAAGUCAGCUUUUAAAGUCCAGCAGAAAGUAUCUAAGUUCUGUAUUGUGACGUAUUUCAGAGUGAAACAGGACAGACGCAACGUUGCGUCAUAACAAACAAGAUGCUGCUGCACGCUGAAGACUGACUGAUGGGUGGAGGUCAUGAUGAUAUUGGUGGAAACUGGUUGGUUCAAGCCUGCAUAAGCAAACGUCACAUUUUGUUUUACAGGAAGAAAACAAUUAGAUUUUGGGCAUAUAUUGUCAAAUUGGUGGGAAUGUGAUCUAAAAGGGAUUAAAAGGCAUUUUUCAUUUCAUUUCUACUUUAAACGGUCGUAACAAAUCCAGUCAAACCAGUAAAUUACUGCUUUUUAUUUAGUCACAGCUGUUGUCUCGUCAAUGUAAAGGUGUAACUGUACCAACAGAUCUGACUGUAUGAUGUAAAGGUGUAACUGUACCAACAGGACUGACUGUAGGAUGUAAAGGUGUAACUGUACCAACAGGUCUGACUGUAUGAUGUAAAGGUGUAACUGUACCAACAGGACUGACUGUAGGAUGUAAAGGUGUAACUGUACCAACAGGUCUGACUGUAGGAUGUAAAGGUGUAACUGUACCAACAGGACUGACUGUAGGAUGUAAAGGUGUAACUGUACCAACAGGUCUGACUGUAGGAUGUAAAGGUGUAACUGUACCAACAGGUCUGACUGUAGGAUGUAAAGGUGUAACUGUACCAACAGGUCUGACUGUAGGAUGUAAAGGUGUAACUGUACCAACAGGUCUGACUGUAGGAUGUAAAGGUGUAACUGUACCAACAUGACUGACUGUAGGAUGUAAAGGUGUAACUGUACCAACAGGUCUGACUGUAGGAUGUAAAGGUGUAACUGUACCAACAGGUCUGACUGUAGGAUGUAAAGGUGUAACUGUACCAACAGGUCUGACUGUAGGAUGUAAAGGUGUAACUGUACCAACAGAUCUGACUGUAUGAUGUAAAGGUGUAACUGUACCAACAUGACUGACUGUAGGAUGUAAAGGUGUAACUGUACCAACAGGACUGACUGUAGGAUGUAAAGGUGUAACUGUACCAACAGGUCUGACUGUAUGAUGUAAAGGUGUAACUGUACCAACAGGUCUGACUGUAGGAUGUAAAGGUGUAACUGUACCAACAGGACUGACUGUAGGAUGUAAAGGUGUAACUGUACCAACAGGACUGACUGUAGGAUGUAAAGGUGUAACUGUACCAACAGGUCUGACUGUAGGAUGUAAAGGUGUAACUGUACCAACAGAUCUGACUGUAUGAUGUAAAGGUGUAACUGUACCAACAUGACUGACUGUAGGAUGUAAAGGUGUAACUGUACCAACAGGACUGACUGUAGGAUGUAAAGGUGUAACUGUACCAACAGGACUGACUGUAUGAUGUAAAGGUGUAACUGUACCAACAGAUCUGACUGUAUGAUGUAAAGGUGUAACUGUACCAACAUGACUGACUGUAGGAUGUAAAGGUGUAACUGUACCAACAGGACUGACUGUAGGAUGUAAAGGUGUAACUGUACCAACAGGUCUGACUGUAGGAUGUAAAGGUGUAACUGUACCAACAGAUCUGACUGUAUGAUGUAAAGGUGUAACUGUACCAACAGGACUGACUGUAGGAUGUAAAGGUGUAACUGUACCAACAGGUCUGACUGUAUGAUGUAAAGGUGUAACUGUACCAACAGGUCUGACUGUAGGAUGUAAAGGUGUAACUGUACCAACAGGUCUGACUGUAUGAUGUAAAGGUGUAACUGUACCAACAGGACUGACUGUAGGAUGUAAAGGUGUAACUGUACCAACAGGUCUGACUGUAGGAUGUAAAGGUGUAACUCUGUCAUAUGUAGUGAAGUCUGGUCUCACAGAGAAGAGAGUGAUAGAAAUGAAUAAAAAAACCAGUGUCAAUCGUUUAUGUAAAAUCGAUUAUAAAAGAUUUUAUUUUCUGAACUUGAGCAAAUAAACUGUGACUUUUAAUUCAAGGCAAUAAACUGAAGUGAAAACCUG